UGGCGCCCGCAGCCAUAUUGUGUCAAACAGCUGUUGCGAGGACGACUUCUGUGCGCUCCGUUGUUUUUGUCGCUUGUAUUAGCAAAAAAUGUUUAACAACUCAUUCCGUCUUAAUAAACAAUGAUAACAUAGUGCAAAAAACGUGAUUAAUUAUUAAUAACUAGUAAAGUGGUUCGUCGCAAUGUGUUUUCGGUAAUCAGUGAAUAACAUGGCUUGUGGAUUGCAAAACUACGAGGACGGUGACAUGCCCGCGGCUGAACUUGAGUUCCAAACGAAAUGGAGCAGGUUUUCCGACUGGUUGCACUGCAUAUGUGUGGUUACGUUCGACUUGGAGCUCGGACAGGCGAUGGAAAGUGUGUAUCCUCCUGGUGUGAAACUAACAGAUCAGGAAAAGUGCAAUAUUUGUUAUUUGGCGUUCCCUGACUCAAACUCUGGGUGUAUGGGAGACACCCAGUUCCACGUCCGUCUGCGUUCUCGCACGGGUCUGACGCGGCAGCAGCUCGUGUACAACGAGGACAGUGUUCCCACACUGCGCGCUGAUUCUACGCACUACUGGGGCUUCGUGUACUUCAGACAAGUGAAGGACCCCUCGCUACCGCGCGGAUACUUCCAGAAAAGUAUAAUUUUACUUACUAGAUUACCUUUUAUAAACCUGUUUUACAAAGUGAUACAGUUGAUUGCUCCCAAACAUUUCGAGGAAGGGGAAAGGAGCCUAGAGGCUGCCUGUCAUGACAUUAACAGGUGGCCUUCACUCGACGCCGGCCAGAAUGUGUUGUUACCUGUGCUUGGCACAGUUUUUCAGUCAUACAUUCCUAACCAACAGACCGGAAAGAUUACUCGGUCUGAUAUAGCCAAACAAGUUCACUCUCCUAAUGUACCACACAUACUUGCAUCCAUACAGGAUGUGAAUGUAUUUGAUGUGUUGUCUAGUGUCAUCUCACACCUACACUUGUUGUGGGAACUGGUGCUAACAGCAGAACCUAUUGUAGUAAUGGCCAGUUCACCUACAGAAUGUUCCGCACUAGUUCAAGCCCUCACCUACUUGAUCCAGCCACUGCCAUAUGCAGCAGAGUAUAGACCAUAUUUCACAAUACAUGACAGUGAAUUCAAAGAGUUCACAAGGAAACAAUUCAACCCACCUUGUGUAAUACUAGGCGUGACCAAUCCAUUCUUCACGAAAACAUUACAACAUUGGCCACACACCAUUAAAUUGGGUGAUGCUACAUCAAUUAAAACGAAACUACGAAAAGUUGGUAAUCUCAAGCUUUUAGAUACUGCUCCUGGAGUAUACACUCAAUAUAAGCCAUUUUUAGAGAAAGAUAAAGCAAUUAUUAAGAAACUUCACAAUGGGAUAAGAACUGAUCGGCCAUCUGAGGUACAGACUGCUAUGGUCAAGAGGCACUUGCUUGAACUGACUCAAAGCUUCAUGAUUCCUUUAGAAAGGUAUAUGGCAUCGCUAAUGCCACUACAGAAGAACAUUUCUCCAUUCAGAGCACCGCCAGUACCAAAUCCUUUCAACCCUGAGGAUUUCUUUGCAACUCUUCAGCAGUCCGGACCUCAGCUGACAACUGGUAUAAAAGGCGAUUGGAUUGGAUUAUACAGGAACUACUUUAGAACACCAAACUUUAGUGCCUGGUUCCAUGAAAGACAUAACAAUUUGACGAAUAAAUUGCAUGCUUUGCAAUUGGAGGCUUUAGCUGAAAGUGACUUGAAGAAAUGGUCAGUUGGGAAGAAAGAGGUUGAGAUUGUGGAUAUGGUCUUGAAACUAAGAGAGGUGUUGAAGAGUAAUCCACCAGUGGCUGACAAUACUAGAACAUUGUUGGCACGGCGUCUGGAGGACUUGAACUGUGUUCUGCCAGAGGAUAUGAAGUCUAUAUUGAAUGCGGCCACGUGACAGAAGCACUGCUGCGCCUCAAACUUGAGAGGAUGCAGCGAUGACUGCAAGACGCAAUUCAAGAAACUAAGAUAUGGCCAGCCUAUUGUGUGCAUGUGAAAUGUUGGAGCAGUUUAUUAAUGUCAAAAAGUAAUUGCACAGCAUUUAAAGGAUUGCGAAAACGAAGUUGCGAACGUAAACUGUUUCAUUGCAAUAAUUUGUUACUUACUUGUGUGUGGUAAACAACCAUUUCUAUGUCUCAAUUCACAAGUUUAUGUUUGUACUAUCUCAUUAGGAAUUAUGCUUUUAAUCUAGAUUUCAAUUAGUUAAAUGCGUUAUAAUGAUACCUCUUUAGUACUGAUAACUUUUAUAAUAACACCUUAGCUAAUGGCAUAAGAUGCUAUCUUGUUUGACAAAUUGAUUCAUGUGACCAAUACAUUGUUUUGUAUACAGGCUUCCAGCUACCUAAUGUUGAUAUUAAGUAUAUUAUGUUAGUUAAGGAAUUAAUUAUAGAACUAACAAGUAUCCUGAUAGGAAUGACUGAUUUUUGAUUAAUUUCAGAGUUUUAUUCUAUGAAUUCAGAUUUAACAUGGUUUUUCAAAUUAGCAAUUAAUUUAAUCAAAUUACCCUAUUCGUUAAUAUUCCUCAUUUUGUAACUGCAGAGCGUUUUCCUGUAGGAAUAAUUAUAUUUUGUUGUUUGCUUCAAAAAUGACUCAACAGCAAACUCAAAUAAAAUAAAUUCAAGUUAUCUUCAACCAAUUGCUUGUUUACUUGUGUAAACAAUAUUGGUGGCAAAAUAAAAUCGUGACUUAAAAAUCGAAUGUACAAUUUGUAAUGGCCAUAUUCUGCAUAAUAAAAAAUAAAGGUUCUAUUCUAAAAAUGAAAAAAUCUUGCCCGUAUGUCUGUAUAAAGUUUGAACUAUAGCGACACUAAGAAAUUGCGUCGAUUAUAUGAAUAGAUUGUAAAUAUUGUAGUUAUAAAAUUAAUAAUAAAUCAUUAAUAUUAUCUUGUAAUUUAAACGGGGAAAUGUUGGAGACCUUUAUAGAUAGAUAAUGUAUGUUAAAACAAUGUAAUCCAAUAUGUUAGGCAGUUGUAUGUCUGCCUGUUUAUGGCAGUAUGUUCAAGGUCACGUUUAAAAAAAACGUGGUUUGCUUUUGUAUCGUACCAGCAUUUGGUACACAUGCGAAAUUGUCUAUGCCACAUGUUUUUAUUGUUUGAAAUUCGAAUCAGUUUCGCGCCAUUGCGCCAUAUGUAAUUAUUUCGUUUUACUGUUUCUUUGGUCGUCAGUUAAAUGGUACUUGUGUAAAAAUAUCGUUCUGACUCAGUAAAUAUGAGUCAGUAGUGCAUACUCAUUUAAAAAUAAACCUUCGUUAAUACUGUAGGGUCGUGCUUGAUGGUAGGAAUGAAAGAUCUUUGCCCAGCUUUGGGAUAGUAAGGGUUAGCUGUUAUCUGUGUGUGCUUAUGUGAAUAGUAAAUAAAAGUGGACGAAAAAGAUUUCAGAUAGAUAAAGGAAGGAUAAUUAGAUGUGUAGUUGUAUUGGUAUCUAUGUUCGGAUUUCGGAAAGUAAUAUCUUCGAAGUGAUUAUCUAAUUAACCUCUUGUCUGUCGGUAUAAUAUAUGAGAGACAAUAGAAAACCCAAUGUCUUGCGUAGAUCUGCGUACCGACAUCCAACGGGUGAAUUGAUUUUACGGAAUUCUAGCUGUUGAAAAUGAUCCUAAUAUGUUUCGUUUCUUUUUUAUUCGCUAAUCUUUCAUUAGCAGCAGUCUCGUGUCAAUUACACCUGCAAAUAAAAGCUCAUUAAAGGCUUUUUGGGGUAUAAAUAAUUCAAAUAACUCAGUAGUAUUUAAUCUGUACAUUCGCGGUGUAAAAUUCAAAGCUUACGGCAAACAGUCCAAUUGAACUAGACAUAUUAUAAGUGGGUAGAUAAUCGUCCUCCUUUGUGCUAAGUCUAAAUAAGUAUGUGUUGGGCACAUCGAAGUAUAUUUUCCUAUACUAUUUUACUUGUAAAGUAUGUUUAGAAUCUCUGUAUCUCUUGUUUAUGUGUCGUAAAGGUGUUUUACGAUUGUCAGUGGCUUUCGUCAAAUGUGUAUCAGCCUAAUCGUUCAUUAUUUGCCCUAGCCGAUAGCUCUUAUCCGAAUUAUCGUUAUAACACUCCCUAUCUUCGUGAAAACAGAUUAGAGGUUUAAUACGGUAAACGGGAGAGUGUAAAUCUUGACUUAAAAUAGAUUAUAUUAUUCAAACUUUGGCGAGACCGCCAACGGAAACGGAUCAAAUAGUUGUGUGAUAACAUCAAAUUGAUUUGUAACUAGUUACGUUUUUCGCCUGAUGGAAAACUACAUACGUACGUACCUGUACCUACCUAUGUAGUUUUGUUUCGCGGGUUUUUCCGCUUGUUCUAUAACCUACUAUGUUCCUAUCUAGCGGUAGUGAAGUUAGAUAAUCCACAAUUUAGCCUUAACCUUCCUCAAGAUAUGAGGUUAUCUAAUGUAAACAUAUUUUCUAAAACAAAUCGAUCACAUUCGACUCAAAAGUACCAAUUUCGUACAAUCUACUCUCUACCUUUUUCAUUAAUAACGCCCAAAUGCGUAGUAAUAUCUACGUCACAACUGUUGAUGAAUCGUUCUAUGUUUUAUUAUAGGAUUGAUUAAUUUCAAUAGAUGUCUUUGUUCAGACCUAUAGUAAUAUGGCGACUUUAAUCAAUGAUCGUACAGUUACGUAACUCCUCAAACGCUGACAAUCGUUAUCACGCUAUCUAUCUAUCCUUAUGUAAAUCAUCUUCGCAGAAAAUCCAUCCAUUUGUACUUUAUUUCUACUAAAACCGGUAAAUAAAUUAAUGUUGCUGUUAAACGUAGAUAAGGGAAGAGUAUACUGUAUAACUAAUGAUAAAUGAUGUACAUUGUUAUCGCUUAAAGGUUUUUUCUAAGAUAUUUUUAUCACAACCCUGGUUACUGUAAUAAAGUAUGAUAUUAAAAUGGCGCCUGUUACUAAACUUAAGUAAAUUAUAGGGUUAAAUCGAUUGUUGGGUGUUUUUGAUACGAUUGGAGAAAAUCGAGAUAAAGUAAUAACGAUACGUUGUUAAAAUUCAAUUCAACGUAAAUAAAUUCAAGCAUCGAUUAGAAUCGGUUAGAUAUCUGCUUCGACAUCUCUCGAUUGUCUUCAAUUCGUUGUCAAAACUCCAAUUUUAAAUCUCCUGCUGUAAAUUAGAAUAAGACAAAAUUUAACGUUAAACGCGUCCACAUUGGACAGCAAAUUGGCAGCUUGGCAGGUCAUUUCCGGUCCCUACUCGGGGACGACUGCAGUUUCCUUUGAGUACUUCCUGGCCUAUUUUCUAAUUGGAACAUCACAAUAAUAUCCCCCACGCAACUCCUAUAGCGACGCGCGCUUUCCCAAAAUAAUACCAAACGUCAAUAAACCGAUAACUUUCGUUUGCUCCGAAAGUCAAGGUUUGAAGGCAAUUAUUUUUAAACGAAUGUGUAAAACCCAGAGAGCUAUGUCCGUGUUUUACGUAAUUUUCAACGCUAGUUAGCCACGCUAAUACAAUUCAACUGCAAUUUAAUUUUACGCGAAUAUUUGUAAAUAAUUCGGUGCCAAAUUGUAUUCUUUCUAUCGGAUUGUAAUGAUGGCAUUGUAACUUUUAUUUUUGUAAGUAGUUUUUAUAUUAGAUUGUACUGUAAGAAGGGCCUGUUUGCUCAAUCGUUUUGAAGAUGUAUGUUUAUGGGAUGUUGUGGACAUAUUGGCGAAAAAUAUGGAUAUAAUUUUGUAAAAGUUAAUUGGAUGUAGUUACCUAUGCAAUGUUGGGUCUUAAAAAUGGUCUUCUGUAAUAAAACCAGCAGAAUUCUAAUUGUAAGUGUCAAAAACUUAGCAUACUCGCAUAAUUAAUUUAUUUAAGUAAUUUGUCGGUUAGAACACUUGCAUAACCGCGUCCAAUUUACUUUAUGCAACUCGUGGCGGGUUUCCGCGUUCGCCAAUAUGGACACACCCCUAGGGAUUAUUAUGUCAAGGUCAGGUCGAGCUAACGCGACGUCAGUUACUCGUGGAGGCGAUCUUAACUGGAUUCUACUGGACUAUCUGACCCACUUGUCUUUGAUAAAACGAUAACUUGUAAGAGCAUUUUAUGCGGGUGUGGCUUGUUUGGUCGGUAUACUCGAGUCUGAUGGCGGUAUCCAGUGUCUAGAGGUUUUGAACGAGAAAAUAAUUGUUAUCGCAGAAAGAAAUUUCAUUUUCCAUGGUCAAUUAUAUCAUAUCCUGAAAUGAAUUUUAUCAUAGUGGGUCAGAUAAAAGGUGUAUUAUGUAACAAUUUGUCAUUUUUCAUUAGUAACUGAAGACCUUAUUUGAUGUCACAAAUUGUCUGUUACUCUGUUCUUUUUUUAUGAUAACAAUGUUAGAUUUUCUACUCUUUUAUGACUUCCAUUGGCUCGACUGGACUAAGGGUGGGGUAUUGUAUAAUAUCCGCCCAAACAUUAUGUAUGUUUGUAUGUAUUGUUACUUAUCGCCGACUCCACUAGUAUAUAACAUAUCCCAUCGUAUUCGCCACAUGUAAAUACAAACAUUGUACAAACUGCACCAUGUAAAAUGAAAUAAACAUGUUAUUUUUCAAAUAUAA